AUGGGCGUCCUGGUCAUGGUCGGCGGCCUGGCCUCGCCGAUGGCCGCGCUGGGCCGCAUGCGUCUCGUCAACCGCCACUGGCGCGACACGAUUGACGACCUGGUCACGUCCCUGCGCCUCACAGACGCCACCCUCCCGGACGGCGACGUGGGGCCGAUCUUCGCGUCCAUGAACUCCAAGUUCCCGCGGUUGCGGCGGAUGGAGCUCAGCGCGCGGCGCCUCGAGGCCGACGAUCUGGGCCACCUGUCGUGCCUGGCGAGGCUCACCGAUCUCCGGCUGUGCUGCGCCCGGGGGGGAUCCCUGGGCCUGCACCACCUCGCCCCGCUCUCACGCCUGGUCUCCCUGACUCUGGUGGUCGGCCGGAUGGGCAACGAUGACGUCGAGCACCUGACGCGCCUGACUGCCCUCACGGCGCUCACGCUGAGCCACUCCUCGCCGCGGCAGCGCCCGCCGGACCCCGUGUCCUGGAUCCUGCGCAGGUCGGUGCCGUUUUCGCGCAUGGCGGGCCCCAUGUCCGCCGCGGGCACCAACAUCGGCAAUGGGGGGAUGGCCCACCUGGGCCGCAUGCCGAGCCUGACAUCGCUGGCGAUGAGCGGCCUGCAGAUCGGCAGCGGCGGGGUGGGCUACCUCUCGCGCGCACUGCGCGUGACCGCCCUCGGGUUGGCCCACACGCAGCUGGGCAACGACAGCAUGGAGUUCCUCUCCAGGAUGAGUCAGCUAACGAGGCUCGACCUGACGGGCACGGAGAUGGGGGGUGAUGGCCAACGGCAGCUGUCGCGGCUGACUCGGCUGCGGUCGCUGAGUCUUCGGGACACGGUGAUCGGUGAUUGGGUUGUCGAGGGCCUGACGGGGCUCACGGACCUCGCCGCAUUGGAUUUGAGCGGAACCGGUGUCGGGGAUAGGGUGUUGGAUUCGCUGGAGGGGAUGGCCAGCCUGACGGCGGUGGGCCUGGGGGGGGCGUGCAUCAGCGGCGAGGGCUGGGCGCGGCUGGCUCGCGGCGGAGGCCUGAGGAGUCUGGGGGCGCCGUUCGGCGGGGUGGGAAGGGGCUGGGAGGAGGGGGAGUGGGUGCAUGGGGAGAGGUCGGAGGGGUGA